AUGAAUUGCUGCGUUCCCGAGUUCUUCCUGGAGGACGACACCGUCUUCCCCCCGUCCUUUGUCCGAAACCUCGCCGACUCGUCAGUGACUGCAUCUGCCCGAAUAGUCUAUCUAUCUAUCUGUCCAUCUCUUUUGCGAUUCUGUUGUGACUGAUUCGAUCGUUUGGGAUGGAUUCCUCUGGUGAUUCAGGUCGGGGGGGGAUUUCGUGGAGCUGCUAUGGGACAACGGACCAGUUUACCGGCGGACAUCGCAGGAGGAACUCCGCAACCGCAGCGGGGUUUUGGCUUCUUCUGUGUCGGCAUCGGCGGGGGCGGAGCCGUUUCUGGAGGACGAGAUGGCUUCCUGGCUGGACUAUCCACUUGGCGACGGCGAAGACCGCGGAACCGUCGGCUAUACCGAUCGAUUUGACCUCCCUCUGAAGCCUCAGACGACUGCGGCUGUGGUUCCUUGGACGGACGGAGAUGGCUGGAGGACGCCAGGGAAGCCACCGGAGAUGCAGGAGAAGCUCCUGCGACCACUUGGAUCGGGGGAAUCGGCCAUCGUGGACUCGAGCGUGACUUCGGACCCGACGAUGGUUGGCCCGCCGGAGCCUAGGGCUUCCUCCGGCCGUGAAAAGGGGGAAACGGGUACUUGCGAGCAGGUGCUGACGUCAUCAUCGGGAGUGAUCUGUGAGGCGGAAGCAGCCGAUCAGGCGGCACCGAAUCCGGAAGCCCGGAAGCGGAAGGCGGCAGACCCUGACGACUCAGAUUCCCUCAGUGAGGUCAGCUCUCUCUCUCUCUCUCUCUCUCUCUCUCUCAUACACAUGGGCUUAUAAAUUGCAAGAACAUAAGAGUAGCUCUGAAAUCUUAGGUAAACAUGGAACUGUGAAGAACCCAACUGGAUCCGAAAAUUCUCAGGGUAUAAACCUAUCAGGGAAAAGAAAAUCUUAUAUUGACAAUGUUCAAUUGCGGUUAGAACGACCAAAUAGAUCAGCUAUUGAACGAAGCAGAACAGGUUGCGAAUUCUGUUAACUUGGAUCGUCAUCAAGAACUCUUUUUGGAUUAUUAGGCUUUGUGAUUUUGCAAUAUCUCACUUGGAUCUAAUCAUCUGCCGCAUACCAUAAAAUCUCAGAGUUAGUAGAAAUAUCUCUACAUGAAUCAUUUUGCGAGGUAAUGUAGAAUAGCAUAGACUGCUAAUUUUAAGUAGAGCACACAGGGACGGGAUCCCUCUGCAGCAGCGUGGAAGAAUCAAAUCUGCAUUUCUCAGCAAAAUAUAAGUUUCAUAUUGGAUAUGGUAACAAUCCUUAUUAUUGUCCAAUCAAUUAAUACCAUCCGUUUGUAGUAGGAACUAAUAGUGCAUCAACUGUGGCAUUUUCUUCCCUGAAUGCCUGUUGUUCUAUCUCACGGCUCUUUUCUCCGCCCUUCUCAGUCGAUCGACAAGCAAGAUGACACCAGGAGAUCAGCACCGAAGAGGAGGCCGCGUGCUGCAGAGGUCCACAACCUCUCUGAGAGGGUCAGUGGCUGUUAAGCUCCUCUCUUCCUCCCUCUGAACCUCGACCUGGCCAGGCUGUGAGUGUCCUUAUGGCGGGUUCUUCUCUUCUUGCAGAGGCGGAGGGACAGGAUCAAUGAGAAGAUGAAGGCCUUGCAGGAGCUCAUUCCCCGGUGCAACAAGGUCACCACUCCUCCGUCUCCAACAGCAUCCUUACCCUCGUUUUCCCCCAUCCUUGUGAUUUUAAAAAAAUAUAUCCGAGCCCAUUGUUUCUCAAAAAUUUUCAGUCAGACAAGGCGUCGAUGUUGGACGACGCAAUCCGGUACUUGAAGUCUCUCCAGACGCAAGUUCAGGUGUGUGUAAUGAGCAAAAUCUGUCCCACAUCCACCCUGAAAUCGCCGUCAAUGAUCCUAGUCCUUUCAGACCAAAUUGUUGACCAAAAAUGUCACAUUUUCCUUCUUCUCCUUCUUCUUUCUUAUUAAAGUAGCUAAUUUCUUGGAUCUUGGUUUCAGAUGAUGUCCAUGAACUGCAACAUGUUCCCGAUGAUGUUCCCUGGGGCCCAUCAGUUUGUGCCGGCGCAAAUGGGAAUGGCGCUGCCGAUGGGGAUGAACAUGGGCUUGGGAAUGGGGGCUCUGGGUGGCCCCAUGCCGCCAUUUCUCCCAGUCCUGCCGGGCUCUCGCAUGGCCCCAGCCAGUGCGGCCCCUCUGAGCCAGGGGUCGCCGCCCAUGCAGCCGUUCCAGGCCUUCUUUGGCCAUGUGGCUCCCCAGGCUGGCCAAGCCAACCCAACUCUGCUUCGCCCGGCUACACCCAAUUUGGCAAAUCACAUUGAUCCUCCUCGUCAGAAGCACGCCGGGUUUCCUCAUUUGGAAGGCCAUCCUCAGGUGAGGGGAAGGGGGUGGUGCUUAUGUUUGUUUAUCUAUCCCCAUUUCCUUGGUCUUAUCCACACUUGGGAAGAAGAUCACGGGGAUCAAGAUGCUUGGGACGUUGACUGUUUGGGUUUUGUCAACGCCCCGGACCAAGAGGUGUGGUGCUUAUGUUUCUCUAUCUAUCCCCAUUUCUACGGGGUCUUACCCACGCUUGUGAAGGUCACUGGCAUCAAGAUGCAUGGGCGUUGACUUUAUGGAUUUGUCAACGCCCCAACCAUCGCUACCUGCGUGGGAUAUCUGUUUUUUCUUUUUUGUUUUUUGGAAAUCCUCAGGUGCAGAAAAUAAGAUCAAAGGACCCGUCCUCGUUCGAUUUCUUUUCCUGAUUGUUUUGACUCAUUCUCUUCUUCUUCUUCUUCUUCUUCUUCUUCUUUCUCUACAGAAUUCCGAGCAAGGAGCUGGAAGCAGAGGUGUCGGCAUGGCUGAGAAGCCCAGAUGUGGUAAUGCCCGAGGUCAAGAGCCAGGACCAUGGUGA